AACCCUAGGAUUCUCACUUCCCUUUUUUCUUCUUCGUUUUUCUCGUGCCUAUAAAUUCGCAUCUUUUCGUCUGCCCCCUCUGGCGCACGUCUCUGAGCCUAAUUAGUUUUCUGUCUACUCUCCUCUUCGCACCUUUUCUCAUACAGAGCCAUGUCGGACGAGGAGCACCACUUUGAGUCGAAGGCCGACGCGGGAGCUUCCAAGACUUUUCCGCAGCAGGCUGGAACCAUCCGUAAGAAUGGUUACAUAGUCAUCAAGGGCAGGCCUUGCAAGGUUGUUGAGGUUUCAACCUCAAAGACGGGAAAGCAUGGACAUGCUAAAUGCCACUUUGUUGCCAUUGACAUUUUCACUUCUAAAAAGCUUGAAGAUAUCGUCCCCUCUUCACACAACUGUGAUGUUCCCCAUGUCAACCGUACUGACUACCAGCUCAUUGAUAUCUCUGAGGAUGGAUUUAUUAGCCUGCUGACGGACAGUGGUAACACCAAGGAUGACCUGAG